UCCUAUGUAUUCAUCCGCGGCUGUAGGCCAAUAAAAGUUUAAUAUUUUGCUCAAGAAAUAAUUUUUAUCUGGAUUUACUAAAGCUUACUAGCACAUUUAAUGCUUAAUUCUAAUUGCGAUCACACUCAGCGUUUUUUAGAAAGACCUUCGUUGUGAAGCGUUUAUUGCACUACUUUUCGGAAAAGUAGUGUGUAUUCCUCUUUUCGGCUCCACUGCUCAUCGAAGAUGACGUCCAAGAGGCGCAACAACGGUCGCUCCAAGCACGGCCGCGGGCACGUGAAGCCCGUAAGGUGCACCAACUGCGCGCGUUGCGUGCCAAAGGAUAAGGCGAUCAAGAAGUUCGUGAUCCGCAACAUCGUGGAGGCGGCCGCAGUGAGGGACAUCACGGUGGCAAGCGUGUACGAGUCUUACCCGCUGCCCAAGCUGUACGCCAAGCUGCACUACUGCGUCUCGUGCGCCAUCCACUCCAAGAUCGUGCGCAACAGGUCCAAGGAGGCACGCAAGGACCGCGCACCGCCACCGAGGUUCCCAAGGGCCACGGCGGACCUGGCUCGUGGACCCAAUGCGCCGCGCGUUGCUGUCAAAUAAUAUGUGAAUAAAAAAGUGUUCACUUGCCAA